AUGUACCUGCCACUCCUGUUGCUUUUCAGUGUCCUUUGGCAAGAGACACUCGCAAAGACUCCCAUCAAUCCUUUGCUAUGGUUCAGGGAACCAUGUUCUCCAAACGACUCACCAUAUCACCCCGGCCUGCGCGGCCGUAACGGCGUCUACUGGGGUUGGAAUCCUGAUAUUGAGCGUGGAGAUAAUAUCUCCAUGAUCAAUCGGGCAACUGGCCACCACGCCAACGCCAGCACCGUCUCCAUCUUCUCGCAGAUCAACUCUCCCGACGGCUUCGAUGGGCACCAACUCCUACGCCACCUCGACGAGAUCAAAGGCACCGGGGCCGCCCUCAUUGCCUCCGUCAUGCCCAAUGGUCUUUCAUUCAAUGAAGUCACCCCCGCCAUCGCCGCUGACAUUGCCAAGGUUGUCAGGCAAUUCACCGACCAAGGCAUUGAAGUCUGGCUGCGCUUCGCGCACGAGAUGAACUGGUACGUUCGCCCGGGUACGUACCGCGGCAACUCGACUCAGUUCGUCAAAGCGUGGCGCACCGUCCACUCCGCCGUCAAAGAUAUCGAGGGUUGUAUGAUGUUCUGGUGUCCGAACAACGCCAAGACCAUGGAUCUGUACGAGGAGUGGUGGCCCGGGCCAGAGUACGUCGACAUAGUUGGUAUGGACAUCUAUGCGAGCAAGACGACGGCCAACUUCCGGAACAUUUAUGGCGGGUUCUAUGAGGCGUAUGCGAAGAAGUAUCGGAAGCACUUUGUGAUUCCCGAGACGGCGACGAAGCCGGAUACUGCCGAGCUGAAGCAGAGCUGGCUGAAGGCGUUGGCGAGCGAUGAUCUGAGUGCGUAUCCGUGCUUGAAGAGUAUCAGUUGGUUUGAGCUGCGGAAGAGCUUUGACUAUCGGGUGGUAAUGGGGCAGGGGAAUGCGGCGAUGGAGAAGACACUGGGUAAUUUCCGAUGA